CCUUUUCCUAGGUGCAAAAAUAUAAACGACGUCAAGUGUUGCGCCGCCGCGCCGGAGAAUGGGGCCUCGGCCAGAACACCUGCGCCUCCGCCGCCUCCUCGACGAGUCCCUUCGUUCCUUUUCGGAUAUUACCUCCAUUAAUCUAACCGAAGAACUCGAGAAGGACCUUCUCAUCGCUCUCUCUCAGGUCCUUAGACGAAUUAAACAGUGGACUUGUGAUUUUGAUUCUGAUGAGGAGUCACUGACCGAGCCCGUUGAUGAUACAGACUGUUCUGUUUCCUUAAAUUCGCAUACGGACAGUUUUCAUAGUUUGAAUAAGUUCGUUGGUGACUUGACAGUAUUGCUUAAUGCUGAAAGUCGAUAUGCUCAGCUCUUGGUCGAAAAUAUACUUGUAGCAAUUUCCGAGUUUCUCCUUGCAUCGGAUAGUUGUUGGGAUGAUUUCAUGCAGUCAUUAUGUCUUUGCUUAGAAGGGGAAAUUUCAAAGUCUUUGUUGGAUACAAAAAGUGCUAGUUGGCCCGUUAUGGCUUCCAUAUUUCGUGUUUUACGUAAUAUAUUAAAGUUCAUUAAGCAAGAUUGUGACAACAAAUUAGUUGAAGCACACUUAGUUUCCAUCAUCUCAUUACUUCUAAAUUUACCUUGGAAUGUAUUGAGAGAGGCCUAUUUUGAACACAAAUUCGAGACUCUUGAGGGGUCAUCUAGAGAUGCUUCAGUACUACAAAAGGAGGUUGUUAAGUCGAAAGAAAUUACCAUCUUUUUCGGCAAUCUCAUUCAGUUUCUCUGUUCUUUGGUGUCCCACAUCAGUUCUUUAGAUGAUGGAGUUGGUUUUCCAACAGUUAUGUGCAGAACUAUUGAUCUCGUUCCAAAGCUCACGAUGUGGUGCAAUACCGAGCUUCAAAAUUCUCUUCAUGUCCGCAUCUCUCAUUAUUUCAGACAUAAAGUGUUGAUAUUAAUGGUCAAGCUUAGCUCUAAUACUCUUAUCGAGCAAACUGUACAUGUGAAAUGGAUAGAUCUUUUAUCAAACCACUUUCAAGAUCUACUGUUGCAACCGAUAUCUAGGGGCGAAUCUGUCCAAGUUGAUUUUCUAGAAGGCUCGCCAUUCUGUACAAGCAUUGUCGAUAAUGACAGUCAAAAUGUGCCGAGUUGCCAUUUGCAGAGGUUGACCGUUUUUCUUUUCUUGAAGCGUUCUCUAAGUCAAAAUGUGGAUUCGGAAUGUUGCACUGAAAAUAUGGGUUUAGCUAAGCUUUACGAGUGGCUCCGAACUCAAAUCCCCCAUGAUAUUCUAGUGAAUGAUGAGCUGUAUUUCGAUCGAUGUGUGAGAUUUACUUUGUCCUUCCUUCAGCUAUUUAUGCAUGAGGACGAUAUCUUGUUUCAAAUGCUCUUGCAACUGUUUCGUGUACCAUUUUGUCCAGAGCGUCGAGUUACGAUUAAAGACGAUUCUUUAGCUGACGUGAAGAAUCACUCGUUUUUUCUUGUUUCUGACGUGUUUAAUCCCAUACAUAUCUUUCAUCUAUUCCUUGCUCAGAUACACUAUGAUCAUCAAGUUUUUCUGGACUAUCUUAUCUCGAAAGACACUGGAUCCAGCUGUGCAGAGUACCUUUUGAGGUCACUAAGGGUCCUCUGCAAUUCAUGGAGUUCAUUUGUUGAAUUUCCGGGUUUGGAAGAAAAUUUAGGUCGGUUAAGUCGAAAGAGGCAAAGAGUUUUGGUAGACUCUACGCAUGGCACAAAGGACUGUACGAAUAACACACUGCCGUUUGAGGCUGCAAGGGAUUGUUUGGGAUGGAGACUUCUUGAUUCAACUUAUACAUCCUCGACUUACGGCUUCAAGACAUUGGCAGAGUUUGUGGGGUUGCGAAAGCAUGGCCAUGUGAUCAGCAGUCUCGAUUUCCAUUACUUUGUCGACUCCAAUUGUUUCGAUCUGCCAGCGUUGGAAAUUUACGGGAAUAGCCUUGUCUUGUCCACAAACUAUGAAUACCCUCUUCACGGAUCCAUACCCUUCUUUGGUAAAUUCACCUUUCUUCGACAAAUCUUCAAUAAACAAGGAGCUUGGCCUUAGUAACAUAUUUGCCAGUGCUACAUCCUGUGUCAAGUGUCGAAGUAAAAACAUCACUUAUUUUGGUUCCUUUUACUAGUUUACGAACCUUUUUCAUAAUUGCAAAUGUUGUUAUACUGCAUAACCUUUAUACAAUCAUACUCAAUUAUAUUUAUAUUAGAG